AUGACCACCUCCGGGUACCAGCAAGAUGUCGAGCGACCAGCCCAGCUCCUAUUCGUCUGCCAUCCCCUGACAGGUCACAUCACACCGGCGCUGCGAGUGGCCUCGGAGCUGCACAGGCGGGGAUGGCCCAUCACGUUCCUCGGCCCCACCACGCACCGCCAGCGCAUCUCCGGCUCGGGAGUCGACUUCAUCCCCCUGCAGGACGAAGCCGACAUCGACGACCUGCUCUACUACUCGCCCGACAACCCGGACCCGCCCGUUCCGGGCUACCACUCGCUGCUGUGGUACGAGCGUGCCCUCGUCGACGUGGAGAAGCACUGCCUGGAGCCCAUCCCGGCACAGUGGCGCUGCGUCAAGGAGGCGCUCGCCAGCCUGCAGGGGCGCAGCCCUGACCUCCCCGUCGUCGUGAUAUCGGAGGCUUUCUUCCACGGCAUCCUGCCUUUGCAUCUUGGCGCCGACCUGCCCAAUGGUGUCAAGAAGCCCAGGACACUGUGCCUCUCCGUCACGCCCCCGGCAAUCCGCAGCGUUGACCUGCCACCUUUCGGCUACCCCCUCCCAUUCUCCCAGUCAGACGAGGGCAGGGCACGCAACGCAGAUAUCUGGGACAUUUUCGAGGAGAAGACACUGCCCCUGAAGACCCUGUUCGACAAAAAGCUGUCCGAGGCCGGAGCCACACGCCUCCCUCCCGGCCCGGUCCUCCAAGGCCUCAACUACACGAGCCACGAUGCAAUCUUGCAGAUCGGCGUUCCCAGCUUUGAGUACCCACGGAGUGACUGGCCGAAGCAGUUCCAGUUCCUGGGUUUCCUCCCACUGGCCGCUCCCCCGCCAAAUGGCUAUCCGAACCUCCCUGGCUGGUGGGAGGAGCUCACGAGCACGAGCAAGAAAGUCGUCGUCGUGGCCCAGGGGACAGUCGAGACGGAUCCGAACGAUCUGAUCAUUCCCACUAUCGAGGCCUUGCGCCGUCGGGAUGACGUCUUUGUGGUCGCCAUCAUGGGCCGCAAGGGCGCGGCCUUGCCGCCCGAAUUUGACCUGCCUCGCCAUGCACUCGUCACUGAUUAUCUCCACUACGACGCAGUGCUGCCACAUGCCAGUGUCUGGGUGCACAAUGGCGGGUAUGGGGCCAUAACACAUGGCAUAGCCCACGGCGUGCCUAUGGUGGUGGCCGGCGAGGGCCAGGACAAGCCAGAGAAUGUGAAGAGAGUGCGCUACUCUGGCAUCGGGGUGGGACUUGGGACACCCAGACCUGGUGUUGAGAACUUGAAGGUCAGCUUAGACGCGGUGUUGGGUGAUGAGAGAUUCAAGACUAGAGUAGAGGUUCUUAGACAGGAGACAGAAGACCUAGACUGCUUCGGGCGCGUAGAAGAUUCCAUCAUUACACUGCGGCUGGCUCUUAUUAUGGCAUUGAAUGGCGAGAGCCAGAUGGAACUUGCAAAGGAUUUGCUGGACCAGAUAUUGCCGGUCAUACAGCGUGCAUUGUUACCACGAAUUACCUCGUUAGAAUCUAUCAGGUCGGCAUUUUUGUGA